AUGACCCAACAUAGCAUUCGUCGCUGGACGCCUAAACACGUCUCUAAAUGGCUGAAAGAAGAAGGCUUCUGUGACUAUGUGGAUCUGCUGUGCAAUAAGCAUCGACUGGAUGGCACCAGUCUGCUCGCCCUCAGUGAGUAUGACCUCCGCUCGCCGCCUCUGGAGCUCAAGGUGCUGGGCGACAUCAAGAGGCUCAUGGUGUCCAUCCGCAAGCUUCAGAAACAGAACGUUGACAUCUUGGAGGAGUUGGGCGUUCCCUUUGACGGCCUCUCUCCUUCCAGCUCUGGCAGCAACUCGGACUGGCUAUGUAAUGGAGACCCAGGCAGAGACUGUGACAGCACUGACACGGCCCCGGUGGGAGAGGAGUACAACCAGUACACUAAUGGAAAGUACAAGCAGCAGAUGAGGCGCCUCGACCCCGAGUACUGGAAGACGGUGCUCAGCUCUGUGUAUGUGGUGUUUGUGUUCGGGUUCACAUCUUUUGUGAUGGUCAUUGUGCAUGAAAGGGUGCCCGACAUGCGCACAUACCCUCCGCUGCCAGACAUUUUUCUUGACAGCGUGCCUAGAAUACCGUGGGCCUUUGCCAUGGCCGAGGCGUGCGGAGUGAUUCUCUGUAACAUCUGGCUUCUGGUUUUGCUGCUACAUAAACAUAGGUCCAUCCUUUUGCGGCGCUUGUGCAGCCUGAUGGGGACGGUGUUCAUGCUUCGCUGCAUCACCAUGUUUGUCACCUCCCUGUCGGUGCCGGGACAACAUCUGCAGUGCUCAGGAAAGAUGUAUGGUGACAUGUGGGCCAAACUGCAGCGGGCUGUAGCGAUCUGGAGUGGUUUUGGAAUGACGCUGACGGGAGUGCACACGUGUGGCGACUACAUGUUCAGUGGCCACACCGUCGUUCUGACCAUGCUUAACUUCUUCGUCACGGAGUACACUCCACGAAGCUGGAACUUUAUUCACACCUUGUCUUGGGUCCUCAAUCUCUUUGGCAUCUUCUUCAUCCUGGCCGCUCAUGAACACUACUCCAUCGAUGUGUUUAUAGCGUUCUACAUCACUACCAGACUCUUCCUGUACUACCACACUUUAGCCAACACUCGGGCGUACCAGCAGAGCCGGCGAGCCCGCAUCUGGUUCCCCAUGUUCUCUUUCUUCGAAUGCAACGUGAACGGGCCCGUCCCCAACGAGUACUGCUGGCCCUUCUCCAGACCUGCUGUGCUGAAAAGGCUCAUUGGAAAAUAAAUGGCUGCAAA